AUGGACAUCACCUCGUUGACCAAGAAGUGUGAGGGGAGGCUGCCAGUUGUCCUCUUAACACUUUCACAUGGAUCCCAUCGGACAGAGCGGCCGAUCCCGUCGUAUCUGUUGAUCCGCACUUUCGGCAGGAAGUUCGACGAGUUCACCGAUGCGGAGCAGGAAGGAGUGGCUGGGAUCCAGCAGGACGGGGAGGAGAGGCGCUACGCUGUGUCUUUAAGCUCCGGUGAAAUCCAUCAGGGGGAGUCGCAGUCCACACGGCCGUCGUUGUGGUGCGAGCCGGUCAUCUCCCCCAGCGGGCCUCACACAGUGGUUCCCCGGAGGGGCAGGCUGGAGCUGCGUUGCCAUGACAAUGCCACAAAGCCUGGCGUCCCGUCCAGCUUGAGGUGGCAGCGGGAGAGGGCUCGCAGGCUGGAGGGAGAGGUGGAGGAGGGUGGAGUGGCGUACGUCAAGGUGCCAUCAGUGCAGGCCCUCCACAUGGGUCGCUAUGUGUGUGUCAACAACAACACACUGGAGCACAGGUCCAUCUACGUUUAUGUGAAAGACCCCCAGAAUGCCUUCCAGCGUACCAUGGUGAACGUCAUUCUGGUGCGUGCAGGUGAGAACUGCACCAUCCCCUGUCUUGUGACCGACCCUGAGGUCACUCUCCCGGCUUUGGAGACCUGUGAUGGACGGCCUUUGCCCUCCGGUAUGAGAUACCACAGCAACCUCCAGCGAGGUGUCAUCAUCAGCAACGUGAGAAAGGAAUACGAGGGCUGUUACGUAUGUGUGGGGCAGCUUGGUGGACUCAAAGUGACAUCUACCCAGUACACUGUGGAUGUACGACUUGUUCCAGUGGUGCCUCCAGUGAUCACACUGUCCCAGAAAGACACUGUCAUCUUGAGGACAGGAGAGCAGUUCCAGCUUACCUGUAGCUCCUCCAACGUCAACCCAGACUUCAGUCUCAAGUGGGACUUCCCUUCAACAGCGCAUCCUGAUGAAUCUCAGGCCUCACACAUCCUGUCCGGUUCACGUGGUUAUCAACGAGCCACCACGCUCUUAAUCACAGCUGUCAACCAGUUAGACUCAGGCACCUACCGCUGCUACGCCCACAACGAGAGAGGCACCAGUGCUGCAACGCUGCAGCUGGAGAUCCACGAUCAGGGGUUCAUCACCAUGUUAGGAAGUCCAGGUCCAGUCCAGGCGAAUGUUAAAGAGGGGGAGAGCCUGAGCCUCAGAGUAGAAUUAGAUGCCUAUCCUUCACCCAGCUCCCUGUCUUGGUCUUACAACGGCAAGCGGCUCCUCAACACCACAGAGCACGUCAUCACUAUCCAACGCCGCAAAUAUAGGUACAUCAGCGAGCUGAGACUAGUGAGGGUUCUCGACUCAGAGGGUGGGAUCUAUAAGUUCUCAGCCAGUCAUGAGGAUGCCUCGGCCGAUCAUUCGUUCCAUGUGUAUGUCAGCAGUAAGCCUGUUAUCAUCGCACAGGAGGGGCCUGUUGACGGAAAGGUGCGGUGCAUUGCUGCAGGUUACCCAGUCCCUAAAAUCAGCUGGUAUUUCUGUGAGCUGCCCCACACGAGGUGCUCUCACCUGGCCAAUGCCACCCAAUGGGAUACUCCGGAGGUCAUCGUGGUGACAGAGUCUGCGUUUGGUAGGAGUGAGGUGGAGAGCCGACUGAACGUCAGCAAGGAGCACGCACACUACCACACCUUGGAGUGUGUGGCAAGUACGGAGGGGGAAGAGGCCUACACGCUGUUCCCCAUCAGUGAACGCAUCGUCCCCCAUAAACUCUUCACUCCUCUUCUAUCCGGCAUGGUGGCUACUGGCAUCUUACUCAGCCUCAUUCUCCUGGUGCUGCUCUAUAAGUACAUGCAGAAGCCAAAGUUUCAAAUCCAGUGGAAGGUCAUUGAGAGUAUCCAUGGCAACAACUACAUUUAUAUUGAUCCCACCCAGCUGCCGUAUGACUCCAAAUGGGAGUUUCCUCGGCAGAAACUACGCUUUGGUAAAACCCUGGGCUCUGGGGCUUUUGGAAAGGUGGUGAGGGCCACAGCGUAUGGACUCUGCUCUGCGGAUACUGUUACAACUGUCGCUGUUAAGAUGCUCAAACCCAAUGCUCACGCCACGGAGAAGGAGGCGCUGAUGUCGGAGCUGAAGGUUCUCAGUUACCUCGGAAACCACGUGAACAUCGUUAACCUGCUGGGAGCCUGCACUGUCGGAGGCCCAAUUCUGGUGAUCACUGAGUACUGUUGCUAUGGCGACCUCCUCAACUUCCUGCGCAGAAAGAGAAAGUCCUUCCUCAAUUCCCAAGUUGGUGACAGUUACUAUCGCAACGUCUUGAACCAAACCGAGCCUACAAGCAGCGAGGUGACUGGUACAGGAUAUAUACCCAUGCGUCCCUCUGAGAAAGAACGGUCUUCCCAGUCAGAUGAUAUCGAUGAGAUGUCUCUGGACGCUGAAGAUCUCCUCAGCUUUUCCUACCAGGUGGCCAAAGGAAUGGAGUACAUUACUUCCAAGAAUUGUAUCCACAGGGAUCUUGCUGCCAGAAACAUUCUGCUGACUCAUGGCAGGGUGGCAAAGAUCUGUGACUUUGGGUUGGCACGAGACAUCACCACUGACGCCAGCUAUGUGCUCCGAGGCAAUGCUCGUCUGCCAGUCAAGUGGAUGUCUCCCGAAAGUAUUUUCGACUGUGUCUACACCUUUGAGAGUGAUGUGUGGUCCUACGGCAUCCUGCUCUGGGAAAUCUUCUCUCUGGGUAACAGCCCAUACCCUGGGAUGCAGGUGGGCUCAGCAUUUUAUAGGAUGAUUCAAGAAGGCCACAGGAUGAAUAGGCCGGAGUUUGCUCCUAUCGAGAUGUACGACAUGAUGCUGUCUUGCUGGAACCAUGAUCCGUUGAAAAGGCCUUCCUUUAGGAAAUUGGUGGAGAGGACUGAACUACUGCUGUCUGAAAAUACCAAGAACGUGUACCUGACGCUGAGCAACGCUCCAGGUCCUCCAGGGCAGCAGAGGGCGUCGUCAAGGAGGCUUAGCUCUGUCUGCAGCACGACAGCACCCACACAGCCUUUACUGCAGAGCACGGCCGAUGUCUUCCUGGACUAUGUCUAACAUGCACAUACAUACACGGGACCUUUCUCAAACCGGACCCUCCCCACUCCCAUUCCGUCACUGAGUGCAACCCUCCCUGUAGUCACACUCACAGCUGAAUAAAGCCUCCUUCACUAAGGUGUAGGUUAUAAACACAGCAGCAAGAUUCUGGACGAGUUUCCCUCUCUCUCCGGCGGAAAGAGGAACUGUUGUAACUCUUCGUAACCAUGGAUACGAUAGUGAUGGUUGUGAGGAAAAUGCAUUGGUUAUACACAGCACCAAAAAGGCGCGUGGAACUUACAUUUGUACGGAGUGCGUUCCAUGACACACGAAACGCGGGCGUUGCAGGUGCUCAGUAGGUCAGCAUCGUUGGAGGGCUUUAUAACCCACUUCCACUCCCCGCUAAUUGGUCUGGGAAUGGCACCGAGUGUGGCUGACCCUCCACGUGAACGCGCUAACGGAGCGGAAGUGGGUAGGGAGAGGGUGUAGCGGGUGGUUUGAACAAGGGCCACACAGACAUUUAUCAGUGCAUACACAAUGCUAUGAAAUAUAACCCCACCCCCCAUCAUUCUGUCCUUUUACUGCACAAACUACAAGAGCCAAAUACACUCUGUAAACUACUAACAACGCAUUCACUCAAACUAACUCUCAAAUGCCGGCCUUCCUCCUGCCUCACGCACUCGCAGACACACACAGAUACUGUAUAUAUACAAGCCUGCAAUGGGCUCUAAGUAUUGGCCUCUAUCUAAUCUUCCCAUUGGCGUAUUGAUCUUUGUGGUAAGUAUUUUAGGUGCGUGUCUAUAUAGAGCAGACUCCAGCACUAACCGCCCAUCAGAUACAUCAGCAACGGGAGGGGUUUUGGCUCACAUUCAGCCUUAGAUUACAUCUUAAAGUGCUUUGGGGAGAACAGAGACUAUAAGUACGAGUAAAUACCUGACCUUGGGGGAUGAUAUUGGACUGAGGCAUGGAUAAGUAGAGUCGGGUGCCUGAGGACAAGACUACAGGAGGCCUUUGUGUCAGACAACAAACAGUACAAUAUUUUAGGAAUUACAAUUAAAUGAUUUGUUGAUGGGAAUUAGGUGAGACCAGUCUCACGAGUCAUGUUAAUCAUGGAGCUGCCUAGCUUAGAAUAAAGAUAGGACACGGGGGGGAAACAGCUAGUUUGGCUUUGUCCAGCGAUAACACAGUUUGCCUACUAGCGCCUCUAAAGCUCUAAAGCCGGUAGGGGGACUUUAUGCUAAGCUAAGCUAACUGUGUCCAGGCCGCGGCUUCAGAUUUAACAAACAUAUAAGAGGGCGAAAGAGCUUAUAUCACAAAAUGUCAAACUAUUCUUUUAAAAUUCUUAAUUUACUGCAAGAGUCACUAGAUUAAAAAAACAGGUUGUCAGCAAAACGACCUUAAAAUAGAUUUAAUGGGCCUUGAAAAAAAGGUGAGACCUGAAGUCUAACAAAUGAGCCAUAGCAAGGUGGCAUGCAAGUGAUAUCUCCUGAUAAAAAAAAAAAAUAAUAAAAAAAAAAUACUAAAGCCAUAAGUCACAGAAACACCAAUUCCCACCUGUGCGUUUUAGCUUUGAGUACUGUGACUUAGCAAAUCUAACUGGUGUAUUGCUGUAUGUAUUUUAGGGAUAGCUUUACUUUAGUCUCUUUAGCAAAGCCACUGUGUCCAGGUGUUUAGGACUGAUUGUGUGCUCUUUUUACUUGAUUUAUGUCAAACAUGUAUGAAAUGUAAAUACAAUAGAGAUGUGCCUUCGGUUUUUUUGUUUUGUUUUUUGUUUUUUGAAAAUACUGAAUGCAUUUGGUUGUGAUGCAGUUGUUUAGGAGAGGGCAGCAAGAGAAGAGCUCAUGUACACUGGUUUUGAGGUUCUUGCAGUUUUGAUACAGUUGGUUGACUUGU